AUAGUGCUGGAUAAUAACCCUUUAGCGCCCUGACUGCUCAGUAGGGUUCUAUUGGAUGUUGCUGGGUCAGGGAUUUGCACAAUAGAAGCCCUAGAUACUUUUUUCACAUUGAGCAAGUAUAAAAGUAACGGUUACCACCGACAGGAAUGCACAGCAGCCACAGCUCAGUCCUGACAGCCAACCAAAUAAAAUCAUGACCAUGGGCAAGAUUAUCUUCUAUGAGGACAGGAACUUCCAGGGUCGCCACUAUGAGACCAGCAGUGACUGCCUUGAGCUGACCUCCUACCUGAGCAGGUGCCACUCCUGCAGGGUGGAGAGCGGCUGCUUCAUGGUCUACGAUCGCCCCAACUACAUGGGAAACCAGUACUUUAUGAGGAGGGGCGAGUACGCUGACUACAUGAGCAUGAUGGGAAUGUCAGACUGCAUCAGGUCUUGCCGAACGAUCCCCAUGCAUAGAGGAUCCUACAAGAUGAGGAUCUACGAGAGGGAGAACUUCGGUGGUCAGAUGCAUGAGCUGAGCGACGACUGCGAUAACAUCCAAGACCGUUACCGUAUGUCUGACUGCAUGUCCUGCAACGUGAUGGACGGCCACUGGCUGAUGUACGAGCAGCCCCACUACAGAGGCAAGCAGAUGUACCUGAGGCCCGGAGAGUACAGGAGCUUCAGGGACAUGGGCAUGAGUAGCAUGAGGUUCAUGAGCAUAAGGCGUAUUACUGAUUCCUGCAACUAAAUUUAUUU